CAGCCGGAGAGCUAACCAGUAACGCUCGAACAGCGAUCGUGCUAGGAUCUCGCACCGAAUUGAGUAGCAGUAGCAUUCACGAAUCACGACACUCAGGAAACAUGUCGCGCUCCUUUCUAAUGGAUUCGCUGCUCAGCGAUAUACCAUCACUCAACAAGAAUAAGGAGCCACUUGGGUCGCCCAUUGACCCCACUGUCAAUGCAACGGCGGCAGUUGUGGCCGCCUCAGCUGCUGCAGCAGCAAUGCUGCCAGGGAUACCCAUGCUGCCAUAUCCAGCUAGUUAUGUGGGCAGCUACCUCUUCUCGCUUGGCAUCCAGCAACAACAGCAGCAGCAGCAGCAGCAGCACCAGCAGCAGCACCAGCAACAGCAACAACUACAUCAAAAGCAUCAAGCAGCGGCAGCAGCUGCUGUUCACGCAUCUCUGUAUCAUCCGUAUGCGCAGCUUUUCGCAGCCAAGCGAAAGUCCAGUGGAUUUGGGAGCUAUGACGACUGCUAUCCAUCGCCUCCGCUAUCGGCCAAUGCCGUUGCUCACAGCUCCAGUGCUCAACUGGCUCUGCCAUCAAUUCCGCUGACGGGAGCCUACGGUCAAAGCGUCUAUGAAGCCGGUGCCUUGUGUACCUCGCCAUCGGCAUCCUCGACUGCAUCGUUGGAUUAUGGCAAUCCUGAUGAGCAGCCAAUGAAACGCUUCAAGCAUGAUUCUUCUUGCUCGCCUGCCAGCUCUCCCGUUAAGUCUCAAACAGCGGUUUCCAGCGCCGGCUUGGAGAUCACCCCCUUGAUCAAUGACUAUGCUGACUCAAGCAAACGCAUCCGCACUGCCUUUACCAGCACCCAGUUGCUCGAGCUGGAAAGAGAGUUCUCCCACAAUGCCUAUUUGUCCCGUCUGCGCCGUAUCGAGAUCGCCAACCGCCUACGACUGUCAGAGAAACAAGUGAAGAUAUGGUUCCAGAAUCGACGCGUCAAGCAGAAGAAGGGCGGCUCCGAAAGCCCCACCUUCAAUUUAUCAGCCAACUCGAGUAGCCCCCAAACGUCACCCACGGCCAAGUGCUGUGCGUAACAUAUGUAUAUUGUUGAUUAAGUUUUAUGUGUACAAAAAUAAUUGAUUCGUUGUCCUCUUAAGAUAGUCAUUAAUGUGUACAUGUUGAAUAGUCUAAAAUAAAAACCAUUUGAAAAACA